CCUGCAGAGAUCUCAUGAUACCCUUCACUGGACUAGUUAAACAUCUAAAGUAAGAACCUGUAGCCACUGCUCUUCUCCUGAUCUAACUGGAAGGCUUUUAAAAUCCCUCCAAAAGAGGAAGAGAACCAGGUCAAGAGAACAACAAAAAGAGACAGGCAGAAACAAUCAGGAAUUGCCAGUGACAAAAAGGAAAAAGAGGGAAAGCGUAAACUUGAAGGGCAGAAAGAGGUAGAGUAGGAGGAAGAGAUUGGAUUCACACAGCACAGAAGCCGUUCCUUCUCCUGGCCACUGGACUGGUGAGGUUGAACUGAAAGUAGAAAGAAGAAGAGUCUCAGCACCUUGAGACACCAAGAGGCCACAGGACCACCUUACAGGGAUGCAUAACUCAGACAUGAUCUGCUUUGUUGUAGCGAGUUUCUUAUGGUUCCCCCAAGUGAGAGGUGAGGAAGGCUGCCUCAACACUGAACUCUGUUCAGGUACAGCAUGGGACCGUCUGUGGUAUAUCUGGCUGGUGCUGGUGAUCGGGGGGCUCCUGCUCCUGUGUGGCCUGGUCUCCGUCUGCGUGAGGUGCUGCUUCCAGUGCCAUCAGAGAGGGGACGAGUCGGGCCCCCAGCCCUACGAGGUCACCGUCAUUGCGUUUGACCAUGACAGCACCCUCCAGAGCACCAUCACCUCUCUCCACUCGGUGUUUGGGCCUGCUGCCAGGAGAAUAUUAGCAGUGGCACACUCCCAAAACGCUGCCCAGGGAACACCUCCCCUCUCCGCCUCGGACACCCCUCCAGUGUACGAAGAAGCUCUGCACAUGAGCAGGUUCACAGUCGCCAAGGCGGGACAGAAGGUGCCAGACCUGGAUCCGGUGCCCGAGGAAAAGCCGCAGCCGCCGGCCGAGGGCAAAGAUGCCCAUCCAGGACACUGAUGUCUGGUUUUACUUGAUAGCAAAUAAGACAGGAUAGUUACGUGCAGAGACCAAUUCAGGAGGGCAGAGUUUUAAGAAUUUCAUAUAAACUUCCUUAGUCAAUUGAGAAAGGGGGAGAAAAAGCAACUAAAAUUCCAAAUAUUUUCAGAUCUAGCAUAGUCUAAUGGCUCUUUUUGACACCUCCUUCAGAUAAUUUGCAUUCUCCAAGCCCAUUCAUUACAUGCACACAACACUAAAAUCACACUUUGCACAAAUAAGCAGGCAGCAGGAUCAAGGUGCUGAGUCAUUUUGUAGGCUAGUGAUCUGCAGGGUGGCUAUGCAUGCUGUCUCAUUCCUCUUGCCUUUAGCCUAAGUUCCCUCAAGAUGGCAGAGAGGUCUUCAAAACAGAAAAAAAAAACCAAAACCAAAACAUUUGCAAGGGUCUGUUACGACCCCAUAUUAACACCAAACUUCUGGAAAUUGCCAACCAUUUAUAGUAAAUUAAAUAAAAAUAAUGGAAACAAUCUGCAUGUAAAUGAAAGACGGCAUACAUACAAACAGUAUGUACAGAGUGUGCCCUUAAUGCCCUGCAGGAUACGUGGAAUGAACAGUCUCGUUCUGAAUGGGAUAGACAGCAAUUCUGAAAUGACAGUCACAAACUCUUAUAUAUGAAUUCAAAAAUAUUAUAUAUGUACCAACAGAUCAAACAAGGGGAGGAGCAAGAACACUACAUCUGAAAUAAAGCUCAAUCACAUUUUCAAUGCAUUCAUAUGGUAUCAUUUAUUAAUUCCUAAUGUUGCUGUCAAAACCAGAUACAUUGAAGUAAAACCACUUAGAACAUGCAAGCCAUUUUUCAGAUUGGAUAA